AAUUGAACACAGCUGAUAAGUGAAGUUUUCUUACUCACUACAAUAUUUUGUCGUAACAGUUUACCAAUACUAAUAGCAGCGAAAUGCUGGGAUUGUACCGGCUGAGAUGUUUUUGUGUGGUGUUUUUCAUGAUUUGCAAUUCGGUAAAUCUGGAGGCAAUAAAUGAAGCAUCAUCUUCAACUCAUUCCCGUUCUCUGAAAUUAUUUAAACGUGAAAUUAUGAGAAGAAUCACUACUUGUCCAGAGGAUUGUACCUGUGAAGUUUACGAAAAUGAUCACAAAAUUGUCGAUUGCAUCAACACCGAAAUGGUUGAUAUUCCCCAGGAUAUACCUGGAGAUGUCGUUGUUCUAAAUAUGAGCAGAAAUAUGGUGAUGACUAUAAAAUCGGGUUUGCUUGACAACUUGCGUGACCUCGAAAUUGUUGAUUUUUCUCACAACAAAAUUAAGGAAAUACAAAGAACUGCAUUGGAAGAUUUAAAUGGAAUGCGAGUCUUAGAUUUAUCAUACAAUAAAAUAAAGAACAUAUCUCUCAAUGAUCUGAGGCAAAGUGCACUCAACUUGGAAGUUUUAAAUAUUUCGUCCACAGAAAUACGUGAAGUUCCUGAGCUGUAUGAUCCGUCAGAAAUUUACAUGACAAAGUUAACUCAUCUGUCGAUGGGUCAAAACUUUUUUACAACCAUACCUCCGUCCCACAUACCAACUUCAGUAAAAUAUCUUGAUAUUUCGUGUCUGAACAUGAAGAUGUUGAAGAAUACAGGAUUGUCAGGUCUGAACCAAUUAGAAGAGCUUAUAAUACGUGGUUGUCCAAGAGCUAAAGGGCGAAUAAAAUCAGUUGAACACAAAGCAUUCGCAACAUCAAUUCGCCUGAAACACCUUGAUUUGAGUUCGAACGACUUGACAAGCGUACCUACUGGUCUUCCACCAAGUUUGGAAGUCUUGAAUCUUGCAAACAACAAAAUAACAACAAUCAAGAAAACAGAAUGCGCGAAGGAAUCUGAUAUGCGGGGGAGGUUAUACGUCACUGCCAACAACGAAUACGACGAAUUCGGAGACGGUCGACUGACCCGUCCUGUUGGAACUGCUUUGUCAGGACUGGAUAAACUGCGCGUGUUGACUUUAAGUGGAAACCCUAUUGCUAGUUUGUGCAUGGAUGAAUUUGUAAAUAUGGAAAAUCUACAAGUUUUGAACAUGUCUGGUUGCAGUUUGUCUUCGUUUCAUCCUCACACUUUCGUAUAUCCUCGUGUAUUGCAAGUUUUAGAUCUCAGUGACAAUAACAUGAUGCACUUUGUAACCGAAGAAUUAUCCAUGCUUGAAGAGUUGUAUCUUCAAUACAAUGUUCUCGAGAAUGUCGGAAAAAUAAGUCGUCGUAAGUUGCCAUCUCUAGAUAAAGCAGAUUUCUCUGGAAAUCCGUGGAGAUGUAACUGUGAUAUCAAACCUCUUUUACAACUUCUUGGAUAUCAUUCGAACGAAGUCGAUUUCAUCAACCUGCAUGCUUACUCAGUUUACUACGCAUGCACUUUCCCGCUCAAACUCAAAGGAAAACCUCUGAUGACAUUGGAUUUGGAUGAAGUUGUUUGCGGCGAAGACGGUUCAAUAAACAUCUGGGCAAUUGCUGCUCCGGCAAGUCUUGGUCUUAUAAUCAUAUUAAUAGUGAUCGUUAUCGUAGUGGCAUUCAGAAGAGAUGCAAAGAAACGAGCAAAAUUAAGAGCCGAGAGAGGGAUUGUUGAUGAUGAAAGCGACAAAGAAUCUUGCUCAUGUUGUUGUAAAUGCUGCUGCCGAAAAAAAGAAGGAAAUUAUACGAGGCACGUAACAAAAGACUCCAGAAGAAAUUUUGAUUAUGCGAGUGAUACACUUGUCCGGAAAAACGCUCUCCUCAAUGAUGCUGCGAUACUGUGUAAUACCAAAGAUCAAAAAUGGAUAAUAAACAAAAUGAUACCAGAGGUUCAUCGUUAUCGAGAAGAAGGUUUUAGUCAAUCAAGCAAGAAAAAACUUAACGUACCACCUAGAAAACUUAACAUGAACGUUUUUACCAUUGGACAGAGCAUCAAGAUUGAACGUUUGUCAAAAUGUAUAGAUUCAAACAGAAAAAUUGUUCUCGUCAUCACACACAAUUUUGUUGAAGAAGAACCUUGCAUACUAGUUCUGAAUAUCAUUCGGGAACGCAUGGUUCGAGAUCCAAAAGAUUCUGUCAUUUUAUUAAUUCUUGAUGCCAUAGCUUGGUCAACUAUGCCUCAGUGCCUACAAUUUCUGAUGGUGGAAAAAACGUUUGUUCAAUUUCCUCAAGACGGUCGCGGGAGACAAGAAUAUUAUUUCUGGGAUAGUGUUUGCUCCAAUAUGUACAGCAAUAGUUUGCGAAUGCUUCUACCACCCGUAAACGAAGAGACAGAUAAUUUGGCUUUCGAAGAGGAAGAUACUGUUGGUAGAUUACCUAUAGUCAAUCAACCCUUGCCAGGAUUUAACGAAGACGAAGCUCCACCAAUGAGACCGUCAGGCUGGAAUACUGGAGGCCGGCGAAUGGAAGGACUCAGCAUGAAAAAUAUGUAUAUGAGCCCGGAACGACAAGCUAAAUUGAGGCGACUCGGAUUGCAAAACGAUGGACAUCUUAUGGAUCAAAUGUAUGGAGGGAUUGAGGAGGCAAGAAACUUAGGUCGUGAGCAAAAGAAAAGUUACGAAGAAGGCCAACAAGUCAGAGAUAAUUUGGCAACAAAUUUUCCACUUCAUAAUAUGGACUUUCUCCGCCAAGCACAGAUGGAUGAUAUUGCAUCAGUUCACAAAGAUAUUGAUGAUCUGUAUUCUACACGCGGCUCUAGUGCUUUACCACGUCCUCCGUCAUCUGGAAGAACUCGUACUAUAUUGCCUCCUAAUGCAGGAGACGCAGAUAGUAUAUAUUCAGAAGAUUUGGAAAUCGCUUCUCAGAUGAUAAGAGCGCCAGAGAGACAACGUUCAGCACCUCGAAUAAAACCAUCUCAUCUAUUCCCAGCAGUAGGAGUAGAUCCGUCCGGUGCUUCACAUCAUGGUAACGUACCUGGUGACCAGUUACACGGAACGGAUAAGACGUUUCAAGAAGCAACUCUCCCAAAUUCAAUGAAUACUCUAGAAAAUGUUAAUUUACCAGAACCGAUUCCGACAAUGGACGAAAGAGAGGAAGAUGAGAGAAGUGAUGUUGAAGAAGAUUCAAAGCGAAAAAAGAAAAAAGAGAAGAAGAAAAAUAAAAAUAAAUCGAAAAAGAAAGGAAAAUGAAGACGUAUUUAAAAUUUUUUUCAAUGAACGUUAUUUCACUAUAGUGCACUUUUAUUGAUAUAUAUAGAGUGGACCAAAGUAGGGAAGCAGUUUAAAAUAACUGUUUUUCUACUUUUAGCCCACACUGUAUAAUUAGUUACAGCGUUCGUUUUCAAUCUUUUUGUUGGAGCAGAACCACAUUGAAACAUUCCAGAGGAUCGAGAAACCUCUGUGCAUAAGAUUUAAUUGUCUUUUAUUUUAUGAAUUGUAAUAAUCACAAAUAUAUAUAAGAGCAAACAUAAUAUUGCAAAAACAGAAUGGAAUGAUCACGCAACCGGCGUGAAAUAAGGGGAAAACUUAAAUAAUUAUCAAGUUUGCGUGACAGUAGAAUGACCAGCAGGUUUUUAAUCCGAUAAAGCUUCUGUGUUACUUUAUUUCAUACGAAGUGUUAUUACCUUCCACGUAUAUCUGCUUCCUCAUCUUACACGAUCAACAGUUUCUGAAUCUGGUGAUCAAACUUAUUUUGAGUCUUCCGCUACUGAAGACAAUCAUAUGAAAUAAAAAUUGUAAGAAAUUUUUAAGUUGAUACGAAUAUUUUUGAAAAAGUAAUAUUAUACUAUUGUAUGAAGAUAAAAUUGUGUUGAGUAGAAUAACGAUAAUGAAUGAAUAGCGGUGUUUUGAACCUUGGAUUCGCUUUAUUAUAUGAAGAUAAAAUUGUAGCUUUUACGUUAUGCAUUUUGUAAAUAUUGUAUUGUGCAAUUGGACUUCCAAGUCUUCCAUGAUUUCCAAGAUUUUUUUGUGAGAAUACAGAAAUAAUACUUUGUA